AUGGCUGACAAUACCAGUAGGCCAGCCAAACCCGCCAGCCGAACCCCUCCCAAGUCUCCGGCAGACCCCGCCAGAGAGAAACUGGCCAAGCGCUUGUCCUGCGACUCCAACAGCUCCCUCGAGGGGGCUGCCGGCCGCGAGCUCAGCGCUCUGGAGGAGGCCUUCAAGAAGUUCGCCAUCCACGGAGACACGAGAGCCACGGGGAAGGAGAUGCACGGGAAGAACUGGUCCAAGCUGUGUAAGGACUGCCACGUGAUCGACGGCAAGAACGUGACUCUCACGGACGUGGACAUUGUCUUCAGCAAGAUCAAGGGCAAAUCCAGGACAAUUACUUUCGAUCAGUUUAAGGAAGCACUUCAGGAACUCUCCAAGAAACGGUUUAAAGAGAAGAGCAACGAAGAAGCGGUGCAGGAAAUGCACAAGCUCGUUGAAGGGAAAGCACCGGUCAUAUCUGGAGUCACGAAAGCCGUUUCAUCUCCGACUGUCUCCCGACUUACCGACACAACCCGCUUCACCGGUUCUCACAAAGAGCGGUUUGACCCCACUGGGAAAGGGAAGGGCAAGGCUGGUCGGGAAGAUCUGGUCGACACCUCCGGCUACGUCUCGGGGUACAAGCACGCGGGCACGUACAGCCAGAAGGUCCAGGGAAGCAAGUAAGCAUUGGAGUCGGGGAGAGAGAGAGCGGCUGCACCCGGGAUGGUCACCUAGAUGAGCCCCUGCGCGUUGAGUCGGAAGGGACUGUCGGACAGCUUGCAUUUGCAGGGGACCCAACUGAUCAUCAACAUCUACUGAGACUCUUGCAGCGACGCACCACUUCGUUACAUUCCUUGUGCUUGUGUGAGUAAAGGAAAGGGCACGGCGAGGAACGGCGCUGAUGUCGCUCGGCGAGAAACCGGACCCAAGGCUUUCAUACCAUGCCUCGCUCAUGCCGGUAGCAGAUCGCAAACAUUCCUCUAUGCCUCAUUUCUCUGUCCUGCUCUUUUGGCCACCGUGUCAAACCUCUCUCCCAUAAAUGGCAAAAAAGGAACGGAGGCUUUUAGUCCAAGCUACACCUGCCAGCAGCUUUUCCGGGAAGCACCCAAACCACUCCAUUUGAUUAUUUAUUGUUCAGCGAUGUGUAUUAUGGGGGGGGGGGGGGGGGGGAAUUCUACCAUCGGAGAUGGAAAUUCAGCCUUCUAUGAAACAGCUUGUUGGUUUUUUUUAAAGGUGCUAUUCUAGAAAAAAGUGUGUCCAUCCCGUUUGAGAACAAGAGCACCCAGCUGCCAAGUGUGUGUA